AUUUAAUUUAUCAGUUUCUUUUACCGAGACCGUAUUUGUUCAAGAAUUUACUAGUCCUGAAAAGCCUGGUGGUAGCAAUUCGACCAAUUUGGCCACAAAUAAUUAUAAAUCUGGACUUUGUAAUUUGAUGUUUGCGAUUUUAUUCUCGAGUAACUUAAUUUAUAAUGCCAUUGAAAUAUUCUAG